GAGAGGUAGGAGUUUAAGAUGGCUGUCUGGAGAGAGAUGUGUUCAGGAGGAUUUCUGCUGGGCUGAUCCUCGGCUUCCUUGGAUAGACCCUCUCCAGGGGAAAACUUUUUUGUGUGUAGUGGUUGGUUUGUUUUGUUUAGACUCCAGGCUGCUUUUUCUGCCACUGCGUUUUUCCAGCCUUUCCUAGCAGCUUUAUUCAGAUUUAUUUGGCGUGUCUUGGAUAAAGCCACUAUAUAAUCUGGAGGGUCAAAGGCAGACUGAAGAAAGUUAAUAAUGGCUGCUAAUGGUGCUAACAAUUCAGGGUGAAUCUUGUCAAAAGUUUUUUUUUUCCCACCCCCCUUUCUGGAAGUCUCAGUCUUUUGAUUGUGUGUUUCCUGAAAGCAAGACCAAUCAUUUCAGUUUAUUCACUGGCUAAACUCUACUUGAUUGGGGACAAGCACACAAACCAUCCAUUACGAUCUGAUAUAUUAUCCAAACAAUUUAGUGUAUUCAUGAGGUAACCUAAAUGUGGAGGCUGCAAAAUUACCCGUAAUCAAUUGAAACAGCGAGUGCGCGUCCCUCUGUGUGUCUAACAACUACAUGUCUCUGUAAUAAGGCAGACAUUAAAUCAUUUUGGAGUUGUACUGUUGAGUACCUGAUCACUGGGGCUCAGGGAAGCUGGACAGUCACAUUAGGACGCAGGGAUUGAGGAAGAAGCAAGCUGCCUUUCUGUUGGGAUCAAAGCCGACCCUUCCUGGCGAGAGGUGCUUUUCCAGAUCCCCACCGACCUGACCGCAGGCUGUGCAAUAUCCAAGACUUUCUUUUCUUUUUCUUUUUCUUUUUUUUUAUUGCACUACAUGUUUGGGAAACAAGACAAAAUGGACGUUAGAUGCAAUUCAGAGGCUGAAGCGAACCGGGUCUCGAAGAACGGACAUAAAGAGGGCAAGGAAAGCAAAGGGUCUGAAGGAAAUAUUUCUACUUCUUUUCUGAAGGAUCAGCAAGGGACUUAUUCUGCCUCGGCCGUGUCGGAAGAGUGUAAUAAAAGUAAAUCUAGUUCUGCGGACCCGGACUAUUGCAGGAGGAUCCUAGUUAGAGAUGCCAAAGGUUCAAUAAGAGAGAUUAUUCUGCCUAAAGGACUUGAUCUGGACCGCCCCAAACGGACCCGAACGUCCUUCACCGCGGAGCAGCUGUACCGGCUGGAGAUGGAGUUCCAGAGGUGCCAAUACGUGGUGGGACGGGAAAGGACCGAACUGGCCCGGCAGCUCAAUCUUUCGGAAACUCAGGUAAAGGUCUGGUUCCAGAACCGGCGCACGAAGCAGAAGAAGGACCAAGGCAAAGACUCGGAGCUGAGGUCCGUGGUGUCGGAGACCGCCGCCACCUGCAGCGUCCUCCGGCUCCUGGAGCAAGGCCGGCUGCUCUCCCCGCCGGGCCUGCCCGGCCUCCUGCCCCCCUGCGCCGCCAGCGCCUUGGGCUCGGCGCUGCGGGCCCCCGGCCUCAGCAUCGCCGCCACGGGCACCAGCAGCUCGGGCGGCUCCCCGCACCCGCCGGCGGCGAGCAGCGCGGCGGGGCCCCCUCCGGCUGCGGGACUCCACGCCUCGCCCAGCGCCGGCCACAACCUCUUCAGCCUGCCGGUGCCCAGCCUGCUGGGCUCGGUGGCCGGCCGCCUGGCCUCGAACCCCUUGACAAUGGCCGGGUCCCUGGCCGGGAACUUGCAGGAACUGUCCGCCAGGUACCUGAGCUCCUCCGCCUUCGAGCCCUACUGCAGGACCAACCCCAAAGAAGGCGCUGAGAAAAAAGCCCUGGACUGACUCUGAGUAACUCUGUGUAUUUAUAUUUAUAGUAUCUAUUCGCGGGGAUAUUUAUGGAAUAAUGACACGUUAGCAUCUCAUCAGCCCUCCCUUCAUUCCCCCACCAUCCUGCCCUAGCCGCCCCCCCACGACCAUGCUUUCCUAGCCAGACUCACUGCCGAAUGCAACAAGGGGGCGAAGCUAUGUUUAGAGGAGAAACCAGGAAGUGGACAAACACCUCACCCGAGUGUAGCCGCUAAAGAAACGGAUUCCAGACAAAACAGCCGGGAGGCACCACUCUUAGUGGUGGAGACCCCUGUAUUUUAGCGUGGGAGGGUGCCAGGGGGGGAAAGGCAGGGUGGGGGAGGUUUGCAGGCAGCUCAAAACCAAACAUUUUGACUGCAUUCUGAAGCACACCAAUGCAAACCUAACGAUGAUCCACGGUUUUAUUUGGGAAACGGACUGGGGAGGAGGGGGGAAAUGGGAAGGGGGAGUUGUUUGCAGUUUAAUCAGAACCAUUUUGACUGCAUUCUGAAUUAAACCGACGCCAACCGAUGGGGAAGUCGAUUCCAAACAAACAGACAUAGAAAUGGAACCAUCAGGUGGAUUUAAAUGUGUCGUCAAGACUUCAGUGACUCUAAGCACAAAUUUGCUCAAGGUUUUGUGGCCCCAUAUAUGUAUAUGAUGACUGCACUACAUUAACCGUUUAGUAUCCUAGUUUUUAUUUAUAUUUGCCCUUGAUACAGACCCAAUCCAGGAAAAAAGUCUAUCAACUUUAAAAAAAAAAUCUUGAAUAUUUUAAGGAUCGGAACAGACUGCCUUUAAAACCUGUGCAUUAAAUGCAGAUAUAGAAAACAAUGGCUUUAGAUUGUUUUUAUUUAAAACAAUCUUUCACUUCGAGAUAAUGCAACGCCCCCUUUUUCUAGUUUCAAGAGCUAGUUCUUCGAACCAAAAAUAACAUAAAAAUGUUGUAAAAGUAAGUGUUAAAUAAGGAAAAGUAAGGGAGAGAGAGUGGCGUGAUUGCAUCUAUACCUAUUGAAAUGGCAGUUUUUUCGAAUUGAGUUUCUAAUGCUUUCAAAGUGUAUCCAAAUUAAACAUCUUUAGGGUCUCCUCCCUCCGUAAUACUCUCACAAAUUACUUUAUAUUUUACUUUCAUUUUAAUCAAAAUGUAAGUAAAAUAUAAAGAACAUAACUUUUUAAAAUACAUCCGUAUAACAAUCCUGUUUGUCCUUUCGCAUACUUGUUACAGUUAUUUUUCUCCAUCCACCAAGGUGUUUAUUCCAAACUCUCGCAUUCUGAUCGACUUCAUAUUAAGUUUCAGUACUUGAAUUUGUCAGAAAAAAAAAGAAUUCUGUAGUUAGCGAGUUUGUUUGUUUGUUUAGUUUUUCGUUCUUUAACCUUUAAUAUAAGGCGUUUACAAACUGUAUAAAUACGUGCCACCAAACCUUAACCAAAAAUAAUUACAAAAAAUGGAAUGGUUGCUGUAGUUUAGAAAAUUAACUACAAAACAGAACUGGAGAGAGAGCGAGAGAGAGAGAGCAGGACAGAAAACAAAAUAGUAAUUUUAUUGUGAAUUAUUUACGUCUGAAGUUUCUAGGCAAUAGUGGAGAAAAUAAUGAAUGAAUCGAGCGCCGAGAACUUGCUACUAACUUUUGUUCUGAAUGUUUUUGGAUAUUUGGAUGUUUUGUAUUUAUGUGGUGAGAGUGAAAUAUAUUAUAUCUAUAUGACGACAGAAUUAGGUGUACUUUCGUCUUAUAUUUAAAACACCAAAAUUAUCAUCAGAUAUGUACGACGGAAAAUGUCACAAAUCCUUUCUAGUGGAUGUUCUGAAGUCGAUUGCCUUGCUGGACCUAUAGUUCUGAACAGAUGGGACAGUUUUGGAUUCACGACGAAAUAGCUGAGUUUACACCGGUUUUAAAAACAAACAAAACUCUCUAAACAUAGUUGUUUAUUUAAAUUAGGACUGUUAUUCAACUGAUUAAGCCGCGGGCUUGCUUCCUUUCGGACCAAUAAGUAUUUUACUGGCCCAUAACAAGUGUCAUUUCCCCAUGUGUUAAUAAAAAAAACAGACACUGCAGUUACACGACGCUAGAUUUUCAGAAUAGGAGUUCCCCAACCCUUGUGCAUACGUAAUCUCUUUAUAUAAAAAAGAGAGAGAGGAUGGAAUAUUAAUGAUAAACCAAAGGGCUUUCAGUAAAGA